AUGAGCACCUCCGCAUACCCUCCUUCUGCGGGCGCUUCUUCCCCCGGUUCAGGGCCACACUCGUACCAUACCCCUUCGUCCGCCGCAACGCUCGCUAUUGCAGCCUUUCCCGCGCUUGAAGGCUUGAAGAAGAUCGAGUUCGAUGGCGUUGGGGAGUUCUUGAUGCCGGACGGCUUAUGCUUCCAGAGGGCGCGGGAGGAUCUGUAUUACGAGCAGUUCAUCCUGCCGGAUGAGAACCGGCUCUUUGAGUGGCAGUCGGCGCAGUGGAUGGUCGGUUGGGAAGAAGUGUAUAUCAAAGAUGGUAAGAUCGUCGAGGAUGACGGAUGA